UCUAUAAAUGCUGCCACGCAGCUGAAGCUUGAAGUCUUAUCAUAAACCUCUACAGUUGCUCACAGAAAUACAAAGUCCAAGACACAGAGGAGCAAGGAAGCAUGGCUGCUGCAGCGCAGCCAAGUACUGACUGGCACGUGAAAGAAAAUGGGAGAGAUCACCACACAAGUAAAUUCUCUAGCAAAGAGUUGAUUGUGAGGAGAGGUCAGGCCUUUGUAAUCACCUUCAAUGGAGUAGAACAGCCUGAGCAAACCUUAACAUUCAUCGUAGAAACAGGUCCAAAACCCUCCAAGCAGGCCAAGACCCAAGCCACAUUUGGUAUCUCCAGCACAGUGAGCAAGGACAGCUGGAGCGCAGUUCUUCAGUCCACCAGUUCCCACUCCGUGAGUGUCUCCAUUUCCAGCCCACCUAAUGCUGUCAUCGGACGCUACAAGCUGAGUGUUCAAAGUACUUCAACUGGCAGCUCGUCUCCAGAAACCCUUGGCACUUUUGUUUUGCUCUUCAACCCUUGGUCUUCAGGUGAUAAUGUGUUCAUGCCUAACAAGGCUGAGUGUGAGGAAUAUGUGCUAGAAGAGUUUGGUAUCAUUUUUGCGGGCAACAAUUAUCAUAUCAACAGCUUUGGAUGGAACUUUGGCCAGUUUCAAGCAGAUAUCCUCAAUAUUUGCCUUUCCAUGCUGGAUCGAAGCUUGAACUACCGUCAGGAUCCUGCCACAGAUGUAUCUCACCGACACGAUCCCAAAUAUCUGGGCCGUGUUCUCAGCGCAAUGGUCAAUGCUAAUGAUGACCAAGGGGUGGUACUAGGAAACUGGAGUGGAAAUUAUGAUGGUGGAAAAAGUCCAAGCAGCUGGACUGGAAGUGGUGAAAUCCUACAAAGCUGGAAGAAAUCAGGAUUCAAGCCUGUUAGAUACGGACAGUGUUGGGUUUUUGCAGCAGUAUUAACCACAGUACUUAGAUGUCUGGGGAUUCCCACUCGUCCAAUUACAAACUUCAGCUCUGCCCAUGAUGCAGAUGGAAACCUGCGUGUGGAUGAGUUUUACGAUGCUUCUGGAAAUCAUUUGAAUGAGGGAGCUGACAGUGUCUGGAAUUUCCACGUCUGGAAUGAAAGCUGGUUUUCCCGCAGUGACUUGGGCCCUUCAUACAGUGGAUGGCAAAUUCUGGAUGCAACUCCCCAGGAAGAAAGUGGAGGAAUUUAUCAGUGUGGUCCUGCCUCAAGGAAUGCCGUCAAAGAAGGAGAUGUAGAUCUGGACUACGACUGUCCAUUUGUAUUUGCAGAAGUGAAUGCAGACUGUAUGUACUGGAGUUAUGAUCGUGCUACUAGAAAGAAAACUUUAUUAUUCAACAAGUCGACAGUAAUUGGCCAACUCAUCAGCACAAAGGCAGUUGGUAGAGAUGAUCGUAUAGAUAUCACCAGUGAUUACAAAUAUGAAGAAGGCUCUAAAAAAGAAAGAGAUAUUUUCAAAAAAGCCCGUAAGAAGCUGGGACUUGAGGAUAAGUUUGAUCCUACAGCACCAACACCAAAGGAAAUUGAACAAAAGCCUGAUAUCUCAGGAAAGUUUAAGAUGGCCGGUCCUUUAGAGGUCGGCAAAGACCUCAAUUUAAUUCUGGUUCUUAAAAAUUUACAAUCCGAAGUUAAGUCUGUUAAUGUGAAUAUGACUGCUUGGAGCACUGUGUACACAAGAAGACCAGUUCGUGAGAUCUGGAAGGACUCCCUGUCUGUCUCUCUGUCUCCUGAGGAAGAGAAACAUUUUCCCAUUAAGAUAUCUUAUGCUGAAUAUCAACAGCAGUUAACUACAGAUAACGCGAUUGAAGUAACAGCUUUAUGUCACGUAGAAGGUGGGAUUCAAGUACUGGUGCAAAGACACAUUGCCCUGGACAACCCUACCAUCGACAUACAGGUACUUGGUGAGGCAAAAGUGAAUGAAGAAAUGGAUGUGGAAGUGGUAUUUACCAAUCCUAUUGAUAUAGAAGUGAAGGACUGUGUGCUGCAGGUAGAAGGCAGUGACCUGGUGAGAGGAAUCCUUAAGAUAGAUGUACCACCACUGAAAGCCAAAGACAUAUCCAGUACAAAAUUUAAACUUACCCCUUUUGAGACGGGCUCCAAGCAUCUGCUUGUAAAUUUCUCCUGUGAUAAAUUUGCAGAUAUCAAGGCCUUUAAAACUGUAAAGGUGAUUGACUAACAGGAAGAUACACAAUAAAUGAUCUUUGUCCCUACCAAUUGUACAAAAUGGCGUAAGAAAUGUUGUACAAGAAAACCAUGAGAAAACUAAGAGAACAAAAUCCUUGCUUCCUGUGAUAUGGGUUUACCAACUUUAUAUUAUUAACAUUUUACAUUGUAAUUUUUAAUAAACUGUGGAAUAGUUCACUCACUACUGUGCACAUCCAUGUUAUUAAACAGAAUUUCUUACCUUCUA